AUGAACACCUCCCCUCCGCCCAUCUCACACAACCCAACCCGACCGAAUAUCCGCCCCCGCGACAUCUCCAUCUCCACCCCCAACCCUUUCCCCAAAACCCACCCCAACAAUCCCGACCCCGACCCCGACCAUCACCGCUCAAGCUCGCCCGUCCGUGCGACAUCAUCCCCAUCCAUCCAGCUUACGAACAACACCAAGCUCAACCACAUCGCGCCCGUGACCGUGACGUCUACGUUACCAGGCCCGAUUCGGUCACCAAUUCCGCAUAGGCGAAGGCAGCGGUGCGGGCGUUGUGUGCCGAAUGCGUGGGAUAAGCCCCGGCGCGGGGUGGCUGAUGAGGCAGAGGCGGCGUGUUCUGGACGUGGGGGAGUGGGAUGGGAAAGAGGAGAUGGGUGA